UGUAUCCCAAACAGGUAAAGCUGCGCCUUCCUUCGAUGAUGGCGAACGUUUCCUGACUCCAGCUGUUCCCCGGGACUAAACCACUCCACUUUCCCCCCAACAAAUUCAUCUAUUCACCCAUACCUUCGUGCGCGGAUGGAAGUUUGGAUGAGUUUUACGCACCGCGUUGGGAUCACCGUCCUGCAGCAGCAGCACGCGGCAUGAGCGCGCGCCGUGCGCCUCGCGCCCACCUGUCACCUGUGAGCGACCGCGUUUCUACCUGUUCACGGCGCUGAGGGCCUCCGGGGUCUGGGGGGAGGAUGAGCUCUCUGCUGAGCCGGCUCUCUCUGGCGCUCUCCGUCCUGCGGAUCUUGGUGAUACAGGGAGACUUUCUGGACCCCCCUCAGACGGAACCUCUGCGCUCUCUGGCCGAGGAGGAGACCGUCCUGCCGUGCCGCUACAGACCGCCGGACGAGAACGUGGUGGUGCAGGUCACCUGGUACCGGAAUCAGCCGGGCGGCUCCAAGGAGCAGAUCAUCACCGCGCACCAUGUGGACGGACAGACCGCGUUCGGGUCGUGGUCCCGACGUGUGCGCUUCAGGAACAGCGAUCCCACCACCGACUCGUCGCUGGUCAUCAUGAGCACCGAGGUGUCGGACGAGGGGAAAUACUCGUGCCGCAUCAACACCUUCCCCUCGGGGAACUUUGACCGAGCGGUGUCGCUCAUCGUGUGGACUGUCCCCAUCUCCUCCCUGGACCCCGUCGUCCUGGCGGAGGGUCAGUCGUACAGACAGGCGGCGGCGUGCCGGUCCGUGGCCCGCCCUCCCCCCCGCCUCUCCUGGGACACCGAGCUGAACGGGCAGUCCACCAACCGCUCGCUGGACAACGGGGCGGUGUCCUCCUUCUACUCCCUGCACCCCCUGAGGAGCAUGAACGGCAAGAAGCUGGACUGCCUGGUGUGGCACCCCACCUUCCCGAGCCCCCGCCGGAUCCAGAACCGCCUGGUGGUCCACUACCCCCCGGACGCAGAGGUGACCGGGUACAGCGACGACUGGCACGUGGGUCUGGAGAACGCCGCCCUGAGCUGCGUGAGCGGAGGAAACCCCAGACCGCGGAGUUUCACCUGGAUCAGGCUCCAUGGCGAGCUGCCCCAAGGCGCCAUCGCUUACGACAACGGGACGCUGGCGUUCGGGCGACCCCUGAACCUGUCGGACGCCGGCACCUACCAGUGUGCGGCCAAGAACGAAGUGGGGGUGGGGAAGGCCGACGUGGAGGUCAAGGUGAAAGUGCCUCCUGAGAGGCGGACGGACGUGGAGAGCCUGAUGAUGAUCAUCGUGGGGGCGGCGGCCGGCGGCCUGCUCCUCCUCAUGCUGGUCGUCAUCAUCUCCAUCACGUGCCACCACAAGCGCAAGAACCAGCGGCUGAAGAGGGAGCUGACUCAGAAGAAGGAGGAAAUCAGCACGCUCUCCAGGCAGGCCUCCUUCAGGAGGAUGAACUCCAUCAGCACCGACACCAGAGGAGCGACAGAAGAAAACAUCCCUCUGAGGGUGGAGGGCACCCUGCGGACCAGCCUGUCUUCCCUCGGGCAGGAGCAGGCUCAGUGUCGAGACAGCCGAUCCACCAUCUCAGGUGGGCGUGGGGGAGGAGGAGGGGGCGGGGCCUACGACUACCUGGGCAGACCAGUUUUAUACAACAGCUCCCGGCGGGGGAGAGAGAGGCCCCUGGAUCGGGACGAGGAGAGCCGCCUCCGAGUGGAGACCUAUGUGAGAAACAGCUCCAUAUCCCUGCAGGAGACGCGAUUCCACCCCCCCAUCGCGCCCUCGUCCUUCCCCGCGGCGCCGUCCACGGAGCUCGUCAGGCAGCUGAACGGCAGCGCCGUCAUCCCGUCGGACAGCGGCUCCCGGCCGGGCAGCGUGGUCGCCAAGCCCCACCGGCUCCCGCCCGCCGGCUACCCGGACGACGAGGACGAGGUGGACGAGGGGCUGGGCGGCCCCGCCAGCCAGGAGCACCACGACGACCAGGACAGCGAGACCAACAGCUCGCAGGCGUCGGAGGCGCUCAGCGCGCGUUACCAACAGACCAACGGCACCAUGAGGCCCAAGUCCAGGACCGGCGGCCCCAUGGGCGGGCCGCACGCCUCCCUCAUCCACAAGGCCCAGAUAGUAUAGCUCAAGUGUUUCCCCCUCAGACUCAGCCUGUCGUGCAGCUACCAAGCCGUUCCGAUCCACAGUGCAGUGAAAAACUCUGGAGAACAGACGAUUCCGAUCAGGAGACGCUGAAGCGGAGACGAACCCGGGUUGCGACAUCGUUCAGUGUGAGGUGAACCACGACGGCGCUGAGUUCUGCCUUACACAACACCGAGUGGGAUCCGCUCCAAAACACCGGCGGCUCGCUGGUGUGAGGCCACGCCCGCAACAUGCAUACCUCCGUAUUGUCUUCCCUCGAAGCGCCGAGGUGGUUUGGAUCCAGUGAGGAGCGAUGUGUCCUCUGAAAAUAUGCAAAUGAUUUAUCAAAUUUUUUUUUGAAAUCGUCUCUGUCUGUUGAUACCAGCUGUUUUCUCACAUAAAUCUUCCCCAUGUUGCAUCAUUCUGAUUGAAAUCUGUAUUUCUCCUCUGAAGCGACUCUUUAUUUCAUUAUAGAUGAAUAACGUCGUUUGGAGCCAUGAGCUGUUUGCUUGACUUUCUUCACUUCUGAAGAAAAAACUCGAUCAGACCAAAAGGAAAAGUGAAAGAAGCACUAAAAAUCUCAAAAUCAUGAUAUUAUAUUUUGUGAAUUUUCUAAUUAAAACCAGCUAGUUUACUUUAAGGGGGAGUACUAUUAUACUUCCAAAAUGUGGGUGAUAUUGAAAUUGAAAUGGUUUAUUUUUCAAUUUUUCAAUUGAUUUCUUUACGUUUAAAUUGAUCUUUAUUUAUAUAAUUGAUACACAUCUUGCAAAACACUGUGCAUGAACUCAUAUAAAAUUUCCCCUGCAUCAUUUUCCCCCUCCUUUAACGAUUUAUAGAAGAAAUAAUGAUCAAAAUAAAUUAAACAGUAAUCUGGUGGUUUCAAGGCUCUAGAUUCAAAACAUAAUUAAUCUUACAAGCAGGAGAAAAGUGAUGUCUUUAUUACUCACCAAGAAAUAACGUUGGAAAAUGCAUUUGCCUGACUGUGAACCACCAAAACGAACGAGGUGCUAAAUCCUGUCGACUAAUCAGAUCAGAAGUCCAACAGCAGACACAACAGCGAAACCAACGUGUUUUGCUCGAGAUUCAAAUCGCACCUUGUUUCUUUCUUUGUUUAUGUUCAAGCAUUUUACCCAGAUCAUAUUGUGGAGCUGUCAUAACAAAGGGCUUUAGGCUUCAGAGGAAAUAUGCAAAUAUACACAAUCAAGACAGGAAAAAUAAGAGAAUAUAUAAGUUUUUUUGGGAUUAUUCAAUAUUCUCUAUAUGUGUAAAUACACCCAGAGACCACAGAUCGGUAUGUUCUGUUUGUUUUGCCCAUCCAUCAUGAGAAAUUACUUUUUUCAAAACCAGGCAUGCAAUGUUUCUUUGUGGACUGUUGGUUUUAUGACUUUUGUCAUGAUUAUUCUUAUUAUAUUUUGUGUGUUUUGAGUAUUUUUGGGUUCUGUUACAAACCCGGAUGUGGGGAAAAUUGUGCCAAGAAAAAAAAAUUCUAUUUUUUAUUUUCGCAACGAUGAAGUAUUAUUGUGUUUCUUACAAUGUGUAAUAUUGUGUUUUAGUUUUCAGGCUGUAAAUAUCGGGACAGAAAUGUGGCUGCAGACAGCGCCCCCUGGUGUGUACUGCUGGAAAGUGCAUGGACCCCCAAUGAGCCACAAACUACUGAACUCUGAAAGACUGGUUCUGGCCACGUGCCUGGAUUUCUGUUUAUUACAUGGGAGCCUGUGUGGGAAUAAUUUUUAUUUCUUUUUGAUGGGUGAAAAUAAAUGUACAUGAUUUUUUUUUUA